AUGUCGAAUUCCUUCGCGCCUUUAGAUCCGGUGUCGAAUGGGCCAAGCACCAAAAAGAGGGUCGCAUACUUUUACGAUUCAGAUGUCGGAAACUAUGCUUAUGUUGCAGGACAUCCUAUGAAGCCUCAUAGAAUACGUUUGGCGCAUAGUUUGAUUAUGAAUUAUGGAGUUUACCAGAAAAUGGAGAUUUAUCGAGCAAAACCAGCAACCCGGCACGAAAUGACCCAAUUCCAUACCGAUGAAUAUAUUGACUUUCUUCAGAGAGUCACUCCCGACAACAUGGAUUCUUUUGCUAAGGAACAAGGAAAAUACAACGUCGGAGAUGAUUGCCCUGUCUUCGAUGGACUAUUUGAGUUCUGUGGAAUCAGCGCUGGUGGUAGUAUGGAGGGUGCAGCCCGUCUAAAUCGUUCAAAGUGCGAUAUUGCUAUCAAUUGGGCCGGAGGGCUACAUCACGCAAAGAAAAGUGAAGCAAGUGGCUUCUGCUAUGUCAAUGAUAUCGUUCUCGGCAUAAUCGAGCUCUUGCGCUUCAAGAAGCGGGUUCUCUAUAUUGAUAUCGAUGUUCAUCACGGUGAUGGUGUCGAGGAAGCCUUCUAUACGACAGAUAGAGUGAUGACAGUUUCAUUCCACAAAUAUGGCGAAUAUUUCCCUGGGACUGGUGAACUACGAGAUAUUGGAGUUGGACAAGGCAAGAACUACGCAGUAAAUUUCCCACUUCGUGACGGCAUCGACGAUGUCACCUAUAAAUCCAUCUUUGAACCUGUUAUCCAGAGUGUGAUGGAUUACUACCAACCAGAAGCGAUCGUUCUUCAAUGUGGCGGAGAUAGUCUCUCAGGUGAUCGCUUGGGAUGUUUCAAUUUGAGCAUGAGAGGCCACGCGAAUUGUGUUCAAUUUGUCAAAAGUUUUAACAAGCCCACUUUAGUGCUGGGAGGAGGUGGGUAUACUAUGCGUAAUGUCGCACGGACUUGGGCAUUUGAGACCGGUGUUCUAGUUGGCAAGGAAAUGGAUCCAGUACUUCCUUACAACGAGUACUACGAGUAUUACGGCCCUGAUUACGAACUUGAUGUUCGAGCCUCUAAUAUGGAGAACGCUAAUUCUAAGGAUUAUCUCGAAAAGAUUAAAAUCCAAGUCAUCGAGAAUCUGAAGAGAACUGCUCAUGCCCCAUCUGUACAAAUGCAAGAUGUACCCCGUACUACGUUGACUGGAGCAACGGACGAAGAUGAUGACAUUAUGGCUGAUGCCGAUGAGGACGAGAACAUGGAUGUUCGUCAUACUGAGCACCGAAACGAUAAGCAUGUGGCCCGGGAUGAUGAGUUCGAUGAAGCCGAUGAAGAAGAAGCGAAUCUUGCAAAUGGAGCAUUUGCUCAGAAUGGACACGUGAAACAGCGCAACCACACUUACUCCGAUGUUGAUAUGGACAGUGGUGUUCCCACUCCCGAAAUCGAUGUCCACGACGAGAUUGAAGAUGCACCAACAGCUGUCACCGAAGCGAACGCAAAAAUCAAUGCAGAGCUCAUGGAGCAGAAGACUCAAGAUGUGGCAGUUACCGAAACUCUUGAAGCAGGCCCAUCAAAUGCCCCAUCUCGCUCAAACUCGCCCAAGCCAAUUGUUGAUGACGAAGGUGAUAUUGAUAUGGCAGAACCGCUCGAAGCCACGACCUUAGCAUCGGUUCAUGAAAAAGCCGAAAAAUCACCUGCGCCCCCAACAGCCUCAGCCAAAGACCCCCCCAAAGCCAAUAUCGCCACGGAUAUUGAAGCUACCGUUAGUAGCGAGCAAAUCGAGCAAAUCGAGCCUGAAACAGCCAUCCCUAAAGCAGACCCUGUUAUACUAAAGCAAGAAAGCGAUACUGAACGACAAGAUGCAAAUGUGACAGCAGAAGCAAGUAAGGAGAUUGCCGAGCAGACUCAAUCAUGAGCAAAUUGAAGGACACUGAUAUCGUUCCAAUUACGUGUGCUUUCUAAAUUAUGGGGUUAUUGGAUUCCAAACGGCUUCAGAAUGUAACAUUUUGCUCCAUGCUCUUCUGGGCAGAAAACUCUCUACGUUGGGAUACAAACACAAUUUAAGGCGAACGGCAGUCCGAUGAAUUAAUAUAUACAACAACGGACGCGUCUGAAACUCGCGUUGUAUGAUAUCCUCCAGAGCGGUACUAAUCUUGACGAACUUUGAGUCUGACAUUCGGUCUUAAAUUUUCGCAUAAUUUUCUUUUGUAAUUCUUCAGUCAUAUGUAGGAGGGAUGGUAAACUGAGCAGGGCGUACAUGGCGAACGAGAUCGGGAAUUUCACAAGGGCGUGGAAUUCUCGCAGACUAUGAUACUUUACAGAGAAGGGAUCCUUUCAGCUCACGCUGUCUCCAUUUCCCCGGACCCAACUAACUCCACAUGGGGAGUAUACCAAUACUUUGGUCUUAGGAUUGAAAGGGAGUUCAAUAUAUUUGACUGUAAUUAAAGAAGCUAUGAAAUAUUCAUCAAUUGCCAAUGAAACAGUGAUCAAAGUGAUAUCUUGGCGGUUUUGGAGCAAACAAUUUGUAUUUGGUCGUGAAUGUCAAAAAGUUCAUAACUGUGGACGGUGAGAAUAAUAAAUAUUUAGUC